AUGUCUAAGCAUCACCCUGAUUUGAUUAUGUGCCGAAAACAACCAGGAAUCUCAAUUGGAAGAUUAUGUGAAAAAUGUGACGGAAAAUGUCCCAUUUGCGACUCUUAUGUACGUCCACAUACCCUGGUUAGGAUUUGCGACGAGUGUGAUUAUGGCACUCAACAGGGCAGAUGCAUAAUUUGCAAUUCGUAUGGCGUUUCAGACGCUUACUAUUGCAAAUCUUGCUGUCAAUGCGAGAAAGAUCGCGAUGGUUGUCCGAAGAUUAUCAAUUUAGGUAGUGCUAAGACGGACAUGUUUUAUGAAAGAAAAAAGUAUAAUUUUCAAGCUUAA